CUGAUUGUUUGGAAGAUGACAAAAAACAUUGUUAACCAUUUCAGGUGCCUCCAGCGACUUUGAUGGUGCAACCAAAAUCGCAAAAUUGAUGGUGACCAGAUUCGGCAUGAGUGACAAGCUCGGUGUCAUGACCUAUGGAGACAUUUCAAAGCAAAGCCCCGAAACACAAGCAGCCAUUGAGCAGGAAGUCAGAGCUUUACUAAAGGACUCAUAUGAACGUGCUAAGGAUAUCCUCAAGACUUACAGUAAGGAGCACAAGAAGCUGGCUGAUGCCCUCCUAACAUAUGAAACUCUGGACGCCAAAGAGAUCCAGAUGGUGCUGGAGGGCAAAUCACUGGACCACUAUAGACCUCAGCAACAGCAGCAGGCAUUGUAGACUCAUACAUAUAUAUGCACAACUGUGCAAUCAAGCACAGGCCUUUGGGAGGCCUUGUUUUGUUUGUAUCCCUUUUAUUGUCAAUGUGAAGAUGACACUGAAACAAUCAUCAUCAUUUACCUUCCUUCAGUGAUUUUUAAAUCAUCUCAGUUUAACUGUGUGAAAAUAACUAUUUGUUCUCCCCAAAAAGUCACAAAGAUGGUUUCAUUCAGGACUCUUUUUUGUUCUCAGCUCUCACAGGGAGAGAAAAACAAAACCUCAGCAGCGGUUUAUGCACCAAGGUCAUAUUUCGUCUCAUAUGAAUUUUUCUCACAUAUUUGUACUAACCAGUGAACACAAUGGGACCUUAAAGUACCUUAAGCUGGAAAGUACCUUUUGGCUAUGACCAGGCACGGGUGCUACUGCUGUUCAUUGUUGAACUUUACCAUAUGCAUAUCUAUUUUCCUUUGUUCUUAUUUAUUGAAGUGCCCAAAGGUAAGACCAGCUGUAGCUGAUAAAUGAGAAGUUGUGUAUAUACUGUAAGCUUGUAAAAGAAAUGCAUUGGUGCUUGUUUGUGUCUUUAGAUUAAAGCCUUCAUAAAGCUCAAAUAAAGAUUCCUCUUACAAAUCAGC